AUGUCCCCAAUACUUCAAUUUCGCGAAUUGCGUCGUUCGAGCGGCUUGUCCACUGGCUCUAAUAGCAAGCACGACGAGCAGACCUGCUUGAUAGUGGGCUUGGGCCAACGAACAAAGAAGAAAGCAAUUCCUUCUCUUUUGAAGCUUGUGAAGGACGGAUGGGUACAAAUCGCUGGUGCUGUAGAUCCAUUUGUGCAGACGGCACCCAUCGACAAGCUUUCCCUAUACCCUACUGUCAAUGACUUCCUGAAAGCCAAUGAACGCCCUACCGUGGCCUAUGUUGCGGUCCCCCAUCACGAAUAUAAAAACGUCUUACCUGGACUGUUCCAGGCUGGAACAAACGUCCUGAAGGAAAAGCCUGUUGCCUGUAACAGCAGCGAAGCAGUUGAGCUUAAGAGGCAAGCCGAUGCGCAUGGCGUGAGAGUUGGCGUCCUCUGUCAGCGGCGGUUUUCCCGAAGAUACAAUGCCCUGGAAGGAUGGAUUCCCCUGUUGGGAAAGAUUAGCUCCGUCCAAGUUGUGGAAACUAUUGAUGUCGCCGAACUGGCGGAAGGUUGGCGCGCUCGCAAGGGACUUGCUGGAGGCGGUGUUGUGAUUGACAUGGGAUACCAUAUGCUCGACCAGCUCGUCGGCCUCUUUGGUGAGCAGUUCACUGUUCGACAUGCUGCACUGAUGAAGACCCGUCAGGGUGACUAUGAUGUCGAUGACACCGCCCACGUUUCUGUCGAGUUUGCCCAGGGUGUAAACGCAACCGUUGUUCUAUCCCGUUCUGGUGCGAAAAAUGAAGAGAGAAUCUCUAUUAUCGGAGAAGGAGGCAUUUUGUCCCUGGAUGGUGACCUCGUUCGUCUAUCCUUGCGUGACGACACAGGCAGCCUCACUCCAACUGAGGAGUACACCGUCCAGGAACCUUCUUCUGUUCUGCUCGAGAGAGGAUUGGUGAGCUUCAUGGACGGCGUCGAUGCACAGAAGUGGGACUUGAGCCGAGAUAUUGCGGUCAUGAAACUUAUCGAUGAGAUUUACCGGCUUGGAAAUGAGUCCCUAGACACCAAAGUAGCCCAGGACCCACUCACGAAGGCGUGGAGCUGGCCAAAGGUGACACUAGAUGUCGAAAGGGCCGUUGACAAACAACUCCAUACUACCCUAAGUAUCUAUAACAACAGUGGAAUUUUCGGCCAGUUCGAGAAAGCCUUCAGUUCUUUCCAUAACACUCCUAAUCAUCAUGCCCUGUUACACAAUUCUGGUACAAUUGCAUUGUAUGCCCUUUACUACGCUUCAGGGUUGGGCUCUGGAGACGAAGUUAUUGUUCCUGUGUACACCUUCCACGCCACCGUCUCUCCGCUCAUGCACUUGGGCGUGAAGCCCGUUUUUGUUGACGCCCACCCCGAAACGGGUAACAUCGACCCGAGAAAGAUUGCCCGCGCGAUCACUCCCAAGACCAAGGCCGUCAUUGUUACUCAUAUGUGGGGUGUCCCGUGUGCAAUGGAAGAGAUUGUUACGAUUUGCCGCAAGAAUGAUAUCCUCCUGCUCGAAGAUUGUUCCCAUGCCCAUGGUGCAUCCGUCAAUGGACAGAAAACUGGCACAUUUGGAGACGGCGCCGCCUGGUCGAUCCAGGGCGACAAGGUACUGAGUGGUGGUGAAGGAGGUGUUUCUUUGACCCCCCACUCCGAAGUCUACUAUCGACAGUUGAUCCACGGACAUUACAACAAACGCUGCAAGUCAGAAAUUCCCAAGAACCACCCUCUUCAGGACUUUGCCGUCACGGGCGCAGGUUUGAAGAACCGGGCGCAUCCACUGGCAAUUUCAAUUGCCAACAACCAAUUGGAAAAGCUACCGGCAAUCCUAUACUGCAAGUCGAGAUGUGUAGCUCAUUUCAUCCAGACUCUUGCCCCUGUUCCUUUCUUGAGGGCACCUGCCGUUGAUGUUGGUUGCCAACCAGCAUGGUACGCCCUGAUCUUCCGGUUUGACGAGACCCAGGCUCCGCCGGGACUGACCCGUGAGCGUUAUGUGCAAGAGGUCAUGGCUCGCGGGAUGAAGCACAUUGAUAUCCCCAAUUCUACCAGGCCUCUUUAUGAUGAGGCUUUGUACAAACGUCCCUGGGAUGUCUUAGGUCAUGUGUAUAAGCCAAACACGUACACUGUGGAUUGGGAGGCUGCUGACUUUCCUGGUGCUGUUACAUUCCAUUCGUCAGUGAUUAAAUUGCCCGUAUGGGCAUACGAAGAUGAUUGGGAUACUGUUGAGGCGUGUGCCCAAGUCAUGCUUAAUGUAGCAAUUGACUUCAUGAAAACCACCCUCAACUAG